CGUGAACAUGGAGGACGUGGGGCAGAACACAGCGCCCCUCCCUCCGAAUUUUUAGGAGAUGGAAGACAGAGUACGACUCUCGCUGGGAAAGUGCUACGACGGCGGAGUUUUUCAUCUUGCUUCAGACCUAGGGGAAGUGGUAGAAGACGAGAGGGGUAGAAGAUUUAGAGUUAAUGAAUCUCUAGAUGCCAUCAAGGAGAAGUGGCUCAAGGAACGCAUGGUGAUCUUUAUCUUUCAGGAGGAAUCGAGAAAUCUCGCUAGGGGAGUGAAAGAGGAUAUGGUGAGAGCUUAUGAAGAUGGUUGGUUUGCUCGCCGCCUGUUCAGUCCGGAUGUGAGGAGGGAUAGGAUUAAAUUCGAGGGGCCGAACGUUAUUUCAUACGUGGCGAAGGCAGUCGAGGUGGCCACUUGGCUGGUGCAGAAAGGCUCAUCUAAUCUCAACCUCAAGGGGGUGGAUUAUCCAGUCAUCUUCAAGCCUUGGAUGAUGAAAGGGGAACUGAAGGAGCUACGGUUUAAGGAUGCAGAGGUAAACUUCUGGAUCACUGCACUUCGGGUUCCUCUUGAAGCCAUGUACUAUCUUCCAAGCACAGCAGAGGGGUUUUUCGGUGGGGUGAAACACAUGCACCCACCAGAAGCGAACAGGAGUCGUCCUAAGCUGAUGAACAUCAAAUUGGACAUGGAUACCAGUGCCAGUUUUUGGGUAGAUGAUACGCUGACCAUUGAGUCCCCCAAAGGCGAGGUUUGGAAGGUGGAGAUCGCCACUCCGUUUUCGGAUUGGUGUCGCAAAUGCCGCUGGUUUUUUCACAUGGAGGAAAAUUGCCCCAGGAAUGUGGUUGACGCGCGGCCAAGGAAGCAAUGGAAUAGUGCACCACAUCCUCGUCAGCAAGUGGAAGCAGUACCUGCGUCGCAGAGGGAAGCAAGCCAAGCAGCUACAAACAUUCCAGCUGGGCAAGCGGCUCCUCAACCGUACCGCCCGCCUUACAGGAGAGACCUGGAGAAUCAAGCUUCAACACUUCCUUCAAGGGACCAAUCGUCAGCCGCCCACCCUCAUAUCGGCCCUCUGCAACCUGUCCGUCCCCCAGCUCAGCAACGAGCCCACUCGCAGGCUGGUCAAGGGGUGGGCUUCCAGCCACAAUGGGGGGGAGCUUUGGCGAUGCAGGGAAUUCCUCACACCCAGGGCGGCUACCAAGAGUUACCACACCGGCCGUUUCCAACUCAUCUGCUCCCAGAUGCAAGUGGACAGAUCCAGGGAGCGGCAGGAGAGAUCCAGGCCAACACCAUGGUCCCUCCCUGGCCACUUCAUAGUCAUUGGCAAGGAUACUAUCCUCCUCCCAACCCACCCCCUCCUCUCCCUCCUCCUGCUCCCCAGGGCUUUCUUCCUUAUUCUCACAAUCCACUCUUUGAUCCAGCUCUCUCCGGAGGGAGAAUGCUCCAACCGUUGGCCGAAAGACCGAUCCAGCAGCAAGUCUAUCUAGAAUUUCUUAGAGACAAUCACUACAUGAGACAGGGUGAGGAAACUGUUGUACCGCACAGUUUGGUUUACGAUAGAUUGGCGCAAGGACUCGGUCUGCAGGGGUGUGGGCAAGAGGCUCCGAGAUAUUCGUACCCAGAGGGUAACGGGAGAGCUCCCAACCCUCGGGGAGCGGUGGAGUAUGGAUCUCUGUUCCGAGGAGGAGGGCAGGUGGAUGCCAGUGGUAGGUUUUAUGGGGGGGAUCGAAGAGUGGACAGCACUUUGCGGAGAAGGGAGACUCCUCAAUUCUCCAGAUCGUCUAAUUCGAAGGUAGCAAUGGGCAGCGAAUUGCAGGGUGACGAAUUACUCGCGGCAGGGAUUAACCCUUUCUAUGAAGAGAAAUCUGAAUCCUCCACGAACAGCUCGGCCGGCUCCCGUCGCCGAGCGGGAGCGGAGUCCUUCAUCAGGAGCAAGAACACCAGGCCUGAGAACGAGGAUGGCAAGCAAAGUUCUUCCCAGUAUGACCCUCAACUGCUGGUGGAACGUCGCAUGAUUCCCCUAGUAUGCACGAAGGCGAGAUAUGCAGUUUACUUUUUGGGGUUGGCGGAUGGGGAUGAUCGGUCAUACCUCCCGUCGGAACAGACAGAGAAGACCCCCACACCACUAGAAGUAGUGGCGAGAACGAAGCGUCUCUUUGGGGAGUCUUUCCCCAUUAGAGUAGUCCCCCGUUCUUCGAUGGUGAGAUGCGUAGUACCUCUUCAGGACAAGGUCUACAAGCUCUACUUCCCCAUAGUUGAUGCGAGGAUCGACCCGAGCACUGCGGAUUCUCUCACAGAAGCCGGUGUACGUUGGUUUCCACUUGAAGUAGUCUGGGAGCGUAACAGUCAAAAGCUGGAGGAGAUCACCCUAACACCGGAAGUCUCUGCGCUACUACUUCUGAAAGUGAACGACAAGCUGCUAGAUAAGGAGAACCUCCAUUCAACUUUCUUAAUGAAUGCCUUGGCAGACCCGUGGCGUUCUGCCUCCCAGUCCGCUCAGUCGCAAUCUUCAAACAGGAGCUCUAUGCUGCAGUCUCCACCAGCGGCCUGGGGCCGUUGGGCAGAUGAAAUGCAAGAAUCCAACCGCAUCCAACUACCAGCGGAGAACGUACCUGCAGAUGGUUAAGCUGGAGGUCCCUCUCAAUUGCAUCAGGAAGCAUUCAUCCAUCCGAGGGAUCAGAGUGUCGGAUAACAAAGACUGCAGGGUGAA